AUGAAAAAAGCUCUUCAGGAGGCUGAUAAAGUUCUGAAGAAGCACCCCGUCACUAUUUGUGCUAAGGUCCUGAAAGCGUUAGCGCUUAUUCGAUCUGACAAAAUUGCUGAUGGUUUUGAAAUCAUCAAUACUUUGGAUGUUCCUGGAGCACAUUUUGAUGAUGGAACUCUUCAAGCAUUUGUGCACUGCUUUAAAGAAGCUGGUUGUCCUGAUAGGAUAACCACUCUUUAUCAACGUGCCGUGGCUGUAUCUCCUUCUGAACAAAAUCUCACUCAUCUGUUUAUGGCUCAUGUUAGAAAUAGGUCAUUUAAAAACCAGCAAUUAGUGGCUAUGCGUUUAUUCAAGGAGUUUAACAAUACUCCGUAUUUCUUUUGGGGAGUGAUGAGUAUCGUUAUGCAGGCACGUAGUGAUCCAGAAAUGGGUAAAAAAAUGCUCUAUCCACUUGCAGAGCGGAUGCUUGCAAACCACCUAUUAGAACUACAUGCUAUGGUUUACGAAGGCAUGGGAAAGUUUGCUGAAGCGGAAGAGUUACUUGGGACUACUGAUUCUAGAGCACUUCUUCCAACACCGCCAACAUUCUUGACGGCGCGAAGACUUGCUCUUCUUAUGUCUGCAAAGAAUUAUCGAACAGUGAUGGAUAGGAGUGUCGAAGGAUUGAAAGCAGACCCAGAUGACUGGGUUCUAUGGAAGAUGCUGUUCGACUCAUCAUUCGAAGUUUUAAAAGAAGCUGAAAACGAUGAUGAACGAACAAAGUAG